UUUUUAUUGUUGUCCUUUCAAAUGAAAAUAAGUAUUCUUUUUUGCCACUUGUAAACCUAAUUCAACAUCAACAAAAUUCAACUACCUUUAGUAAUAACACAGUUGUUUUAUAAGCAAAAAAAGAAGGGAGGGCGACAGAAAACAAAUAAUGCACACCCUCCAUCACAGUUCCUAAAAAAAACUGAUAAACAAUUUAGGUAUUGAAGAAAAUUUCAACCUAAUUCUACGUCUUCAUUGCGCUCUGAAAGUUAUUAGAAAACAGUUUAAGCUGUUUCUUUCAUUUUCCCUUCCUUUUUUCUCCACUGGCAUCGCGAAACAUUAAAAGAAAGUGACUGUUUAGCAUGUCUGCUGAAAACCUUAGAACAGGAGUCAGUCAACAACAUCUCUGUCAAUAAAACACAUGAAAAGGACACCUAAAUUGCGUUUGAACAUUGUCAAGCAUUUCAUUGCACAUGAUGGCUGGAUCAAAUACUGGAGUAUAUGCUCUGUUUUCUGUGUUACUUUUCGUUGGUACUGUCUACUCAGCAGAAGUAUGUCACCACAAGUCAGACGUUGUUGUUGUUUUUGAGCUCCCCAAGACAGGCGAUGUUGAGGCGCUCGAGAAAAUCAAACAGACUAUUGGAGCGCUAAAUGUGGAAUAUCAGAACGGUGAUUGUAUUCAGCUUGCAUUUGAUAUUGUUAGCACCACAAUCGACACCGUUCAGUAUUUGGGGUGCCAUGGAUUAUGCAGAAAAGCAUAUACGGCGAUGAAGAUUGAUGAUAUAUUGAGUAAACUGAGAAGGACAACCGAUAUUGACAGAUCACUUUACAAAGAAAAUGUGGUGAAGGCAGCUAAUUCCCUACAUAGUCAUGUGUUCAUUAAGAAAGAGGGAGUUCGAAAAGAUUCACGAAAAAUAGCCGUGUUUGUGCUAACUUCUGGUCCUAGAAAUACAGUUUCAAUUGUUGACAACGUCAAAUUUUUGCACGAUAUUGGUUACACAAUUAUCGUGGUUGGCGUUGGCGAUGGAAGAGAAGAAGAUCUCAUUCGCAUCUCAUUAGCCAGCAAUCGCAUUAUCACCGCCACUAACAUGAGUCAACUAACAGGAGACGGAAAAAAAUACCAACAGUUGACAGAAAUUGUAAAGAAUCCAGAAUCAGUUAAUAUUCCAUCAACUAUUAGUUAUAGCGUUCCACUCGGAGUGAACGAGUUCGACUUCGUAUCGCAUGAUUCUAAAGAGAAAUGCAAAUACGCUGCAGAUAUUGGAUUUCUUGUGGAUUCCUCUGAAAGUUUAAAAUUAGAUUAUGACUUGGAAUUGCAAUUCGUGCAAAGGAUUGCUGCAAGUUUUCAAAUCACUGAAACAGAGAGUCAUGCUGGUGUUAUCACUUUCAGCGACCACACAAAAUACACAAAGUUACAAAUACCACUAAACAAGUAUUAUACAACCAGGGAAUUUGUUAAUGCUGUGGGAGAAUUAGAAUACUUUGGAUAUAGAACGCGGAUUGAUUUGGCGUUUGAUAGAGCACAGAAUGAAUUAUUUACUUUAAAGAAUGGCGCACGUCCAAGUUUUAAGAGAAUCAUAUUUUUAAUAACAGAUGGAAAUCAGUUCCCCACAAUAGAUGACUAUGGUAGUAAACUAGACCCUGUGGCAAGCUCCCAACAACUGUAUGACGAUGGAGUGCAAAUAUUUGUAGUAGGAAUUGGCACAGCGUUGAAUAAGGAGGAAUUAAAAAAAAUUGCACGAGACCCUAGUCGCGUCUAUUUUGCCUCAAACUUCAAUGACUUACUUUCAGAAGAGUUCGUAAAAAAUGUUUCCAAGAAGCUUUGCCAAGGAGGCGAGUUAGGAGAAUCAACAACAGCUUCACCAGUUACCUCAACACAAUCAACUGAGAAAGCAACAACGGCAUCAACAACAAAUGUAAAAACUCCAAUGUCAACCAGCCUGAAACCCUCAACUUCCAAAUCUGCAACUUCAAAAGCCACUGCUAAACCAGUAUCUACACCGGAGCCAACAGGUCCAAGUCUAACAACCACUUGUGAACCUACUCCUACUUGCAAAGGUGUUCGUUAUUGUAAAGAAUGUUGUUCUGGCAAAGAAAUCUAUAUCAACAUUUUCCAGCCUGGAUCAUCAACUCAAUAUUUGAUGCAAGGUUUAAAAAUCAGCCAAUCUGGUAAUUCUGGUGCCUUAUCGGCUAUUAAUAUUCAACCAUCUCCACAACCACGAAUCGAUAUUUCUGCUAAAGGACGGCCGUUAAACGAAGAGGAAAUUGUUGAUCUUAUUAAGACUAAGCUUCCGAACGAACCUGAUGUUUUGAAACAACUUCAAUCUAUCUUGGGAAACAGAAGACACAAAAGAUCCUUGAAUCAAGCAGAUUUGGACGGUUUUGAAACACUGUUUAACAUAGGAAAGGCUGCAGGUUGUAACAAAUUCCUGCAUGAUCUGUCGUCGCGUUUGAAUGUUUUAAGGAAAGUCAAAAAUAGAAUGGUUGUAUUUUGUCCAAACGAUGCAGCAUAUACCCAGUAUAUUCAAAAAGAAAAGGUUAAACAUUUUAGUGAAAAAACUGUACUGUUUCAUACUGCUCUGGCUUUCGAUAAAGAACGACUUAUGUACAGACCUAUAAUUGGAACUGGUGAUGUUCACAUCACAUUGGAUUCUCAACAUAAUACAACUUGGUUAGCAAACGAUGCAAAAAUAGAGUACUACAUCCGAGAUAGGAAGAUCAUUUUAAUAGUUGUUGACAAAGUUCUUACACCUCCCAAACUUAGUUUAAUGGAUAUCCUGAAGGAAUACAGAAAUUUAUCUGUUAUGUAUCGGCUAUGGAAAAAAAGUGACAUGGGUUCUAUAUUGAAGCGUGACAAAGUGACAAAAAUCUGCUUCACUGAAGAAGUUUGUGUCCACCUUCAAACAUCUGCACGUCACCACAUAAGUAAUUUAAUCAAAAGCAAAAAAUUCACUUUUCAACUUCCAACCAAUGAUGUUUUCUCGCGAAUGAAUCCGAAAAAAUUUCAAAAGUUAAUUUCAGAUGGCAAAUCGCGUAGGGCAUUUUUAUCUAAACACGUGUUCUUGGGCUUUCUUAACCAUCGUGCGUUAUCAAAAAACACAAAAUUAUUGAGUGUAUCCUUGCUGGAUAAGGAACCUGUAUCAGAGGUUGUUCUUCACCGGAAGAAACCUGUGAUGUCACGUUCCAAUAGAGAUCUUUAUAAAAUUGAUCGCAGUAUCAUUGUCAAAGAAGGACUGGUUCAGAUUGUGAGUUAAAUCACAGCAAUGUAUUGAGAGGACUGUACAAAGCAUAGUAUUGGCACUUGUAUUACUCUUAUUGUUUUCUUAUCUUUAAAAAUAUACAUCAAGAAAAAGUAACGUGCCUGUAA